GAAGCUUGGAGUAUCUUGGAGUGCCUUGAUGGAAUGGUCACUUCUUAUUUCCAGGGCAGACACUCAACAGAGGAGACGUAUAGUGUAUUCAGGCCUCUGGCCAUCAGCGGUCCGAGAUGAUCCUCUUCACCUUUAUUGUGGGACUGCUGUCCUGUCAGGUACAAGCUUGGUCUCAUCCUCGGAUGAGGGUAAAUGGAAAAGAUCCAGUUGAAUCCGGCGUGGUCAUUGAUGAUGGUUCUCGUCUUGUUCUGACUUGCGAGGGUGAUGGUCCGGUGACUAUUGAACCUCGGCUAUAUAGGCACAAAUCAUUCCUCAAGCAUAAUGGGAACAGCUGCACCUUUACAGUGAAAAACGUUAGCUACAAGUUCACAGGCACUUAUAAAUGUGUGUACACUGACAUCAAUCCCUCCAACUUCUCGUCUGUGCACAUAUUCGUAAGAAAUUCCGAUUUUCUCUUUGAAACCCCAUCAUAUAAAAAAAUUAUCAUGAAAGAAGGAGAGGACGCCCUUAUUCCAUGCCUUCUUACUGACCCCGCGGCCACUGAUUUCAAGUUACGCAUGGAGAAUGGGUCUGCACCACCGCCCGACAUGGACAUAAGCUUUGACCCCAAGAGGGGGAUGCUGAUUCAGGACCUCCAGCUUUGGUUUAGUUCACUGUAUGUCUGCAGUGCCAGGAUAGGAGGAGUAGAGAAAGUGUCCUCAGCCUUCAGUUUACAAGUCACCUUUAGAGCCCGUUCUCCACCCUACGUGUCCCUGCAAAGUAACGAGUAUGUUCGGCUGGUUGGCGAGAGACUAGAAAUUAUCUGUUCCACCAGCAACCAUAACUUCAACUAUGUUCUCACCUGGAACCACUCAUCAUGUUUGAAGCUACCAGACCCAGAGAACAAGCCUUUACAUGAAGAUAAUACUGUGAAAAUCAGGAGUACUCUGAUCCUGCCUUCAGUUACCAUGUCUGACUCGGGGAAUAUCACCUGUAUAGGAACUAAUGAGGCUGGAGUCAACAGCUCCACCACACGCCUGCUGGUUGUGGAUGAACCAUACCUUAGGAUGUCCCCCAAGCUCUCCCCCCAUCUGACCCAUAAAGAUUUGUCCAUUGAUGUCCAUGAGGGGCAGGAUGUAAAGCUAGGGGUGACCAUAGAGGCUUACCCACAAAUCACACUCAAGCAGUGGGAGGGACCAGUGUUUCUCAACAACUCACAACACGAAAUCCAGUUCGUCAGCAAUAAUAACAGGUACGAGGCAGUGCUGCUUCUGAAGAGACUGAAAUCCAAGGAACAGGGCAGAUACACCUUCUACGCCAACAGUAGCAUGGCUCAUGCCUCCAUAGCAUUCACUAUUCAAGUUUAUGAGAAACCAGUUAUUGUGGAUAAAAGAAGGAAUGAGAGCUCCCUAAUAUGCACAGCAUCUGGCUACCCAACUCCCAGAAUCCUCUGGUUCCAAUGCCAAGGAAUCAGGCCAACGUGUACAGAGAAUUCUACAGACGUGGAGGCUCACCAGUUGUUCACAGCUGAUAUGGUGGAGGUGAAGACCAACGAGUUCAGACCGGUGGAAGUGAAAAGUUUUAUAACCAUCACACCAUCCAAUCAGAAGAUGACAGUAGAGUGUGUGGCACAAAAUCUGCUUGGGCAAGAUAGCAAUGCAUUCCCUAUAGACCAAUCUGAGAAACUUUUUACUGCAACAUUGAUUGGAGCCAUAAGUGUGAUGGUUUUCCUCCUUCUACUCCUCCUCAUCCUCAUGUACAAGUAUAAACAGAAACCCAAAUAUGAGAUUCGAUGGAAGAUUAUUGAAGCCACAGAUGGUAACAGCUACACAUUUAUCGACCCCACUCAACUUCCUUAUAAUGAAAAAUGGGAAUUUCCAAGAGACAAGCUUAAAUUAGGGAAGAUUCUGGGCUCGGGGGCGUUCGGGAAAGUGGUGGAGGCUACAGCAUAUGGUUUGGGGAAGGAGGACAAUGUGACCCGCGUGGCUGUGAAAAUGCUCAAAGCCAGCGCCCAUUCAGAUGAGAAGGAGGCUCUGAUGUCUGAACUGAAGAUUCUUAGUCAUCUAGGACAACACAAGAAUAUUGUCAACCUACUGGGAGCCUGCACGUAUGGAGGUCCUGUGCUAGUCAUCACUGAAUACUGCUGCCAUGGUGAUCUUCUGAACUUCCUGCGUAAUAAAGCGCAGACCUUCUUAAACUGUAUGGUUUCAAUCCCAGAGGAGAGGAACAACUAUAAAAAUGUCACAGAUGACAAAAUGUUCUUUAGAAGUGACAGUGGGAUUUCCAGCACUUGUUCAGACAUUUACCUGGACAUGAAGCCUCUAGUACCCAGAUCUCAGACUGCACGCAUUCCUUCCUGCAGUCAAGAAGGAGAUUUGUUGGAUAUGGAUGACCUGCUCAGAUUCUCCUACCAGGUGGCUCAGGGACUCGAGUUCCUCGCGGCUAAAAAUUGCAUUCACAGAGAUGUCGCAGCCAGGAAUGUUCUUCUGACAGACGGGGGUGUGGCUAAAAUCUGCGACUUUGGACUGGCCCGUGAUAUCAUGAAUGAUUCGAACUAUGUGGUUAAAGGAAACGCUCGUUUGCCAGUGAAGUGGAUGGCUCCAGAGAGUAUCUUCGAGUGUGUGUAUACAGUACAGAGCGAUGUUUGGUCGUAUGGUAUUCUGCUGUGGGAGAUCUUCUCUCUGGGUAAAAGCCCAUAUCCAAACAUCCUGGUGGACUCCAAGUUCUAUAAGAUGAUAAAGUGUGGCUAUCAGAUGUCCCGUCCUGACUUUGCCCCACCUGAGAUGUACACCAUAAUGAAAACAUGCUGGGACCUUGAACCCACACAGCGUCCGACUUUCAACAAGAUCGCUCAGCUCAUCGAGAGGCUGCUGGGAGAAACACUAGAUCAGACUCAGUACAAGAACCUGCAGACAGAAGAACUGGACGAAGAGCAACUGGAGGCCUGCGAUACUACCAAAAGUGAUGAUGAAUCAUGCGAGCAAGUGGAAGCUGAGCAGCCCCUGAUAAAGGCCAACAAUUAUCAGUUCUGCUAAUUCCUGAAUGAACUACAUUCUCAGAAUACUUUAAAUAAAAAGCCAUACACUCAUAGGAAAUACAGUGGGGAAAUAUGUAUAAAAUAUAUAUAUAUAUAUAUAUAUAUAUAUAUAUAUAUAAAAAAUCAAGGUGUUAGAAUGG